CAGACUAUCGAGAUAAAAUAUGGUAGAAAAAAUAAUCAACUCUAAACGUUCGGAAAUGCGAACACUUUUCAACGAUGAUUGUUUUGGAUAUAGACCACACGGAGUGAGUGAGCUAGCAGGUGAUAUCAUACAUGUGGACUGCAGCAUUGAUAGACGUUAUUCUAACUUACAUCUUUCGAAAUUCAUAAGAAAGAACGCCGAUAAAGAUAUCGCUACCCUUAUAUUAACGCUCUCUGCAUUGGAAUCCUACGGCUAUAAGCUACUAGAAAAAAAAGGUUAUAGGAAAAAGGACUGGAGGGAGAUCAAUCUAGAAUCAGAUCAUUAUCAGAAAAAAAUCGCUGGUACAGAGGGAGCAGAGGAAAUAUUGAAAAUGUUAGGUUACGUCAAUAAAGACAAGGAUAGACUCAGCUAUUCUGAGUACAUCAAGGAACCAAUCAGAGAAGCCAUUAUUACCAUUCUCAUUGACGUAAUAGUGGCGAAAGAGGAGCUUGAUAUGUACGAGCUAGAAUGCCAUCCAAAUCCUGAAUCUAUUGUAUGUAUAAUUGGGACAAGAAACGGACAGCAAGAACCGAGCCCUAGAAGCACGAGCGACACAUUGAUGACAAAUAGCAAAAUAAAAUCCUCUCAAAGUUUCAGGAUACAACCUUCGAAACCACCACGAGAACUACAUUCUACAUUCGAUACCGGUAUGCUGUACCAAACAGUUGAUUCUUGGAAUAUACCUUCAUGUAAUCUUUGUGGUGAUAGUAAAGGUAUAGUUAAUUGUAAGGACUGCGCCUGCUCACAUUGUGCUGAAUGUGACAAAGAAUGGCACUUGCAUCCCAAACGGAAGAACCAUAAAAACAGAAUCACCAGCAGAGAGUCGAGAGGAGACAAAGGAGAGUGCAAUAGACCCAUGUCAGCUCCCGGUGGCAAUCGUGUCCAGCGAUCUGUCUCACUAAGACCAACAGUCCAGUCUGGGUCUAGAUUAAUUUCACGUUCUCAUGUGAAUGAUUUCGAAGUAGAUACAGUUAGCAAACUUUCGAAUGAUAGAAACUGUGUCGAAAGUGAAUUAAGAUUCAAAGAUAAAUUAUUGAUGUCACAUAAACCAGGUAGUCAGUGGUAUGUCAAAUACGAAGCAGAACGGGACACUCUUAAACAACAGCUGAUUGAAAUAGAAUCAAGAUUGCGUGAUGGCACUGUAACCGAACAACCGCGGGUUACUGCAUCAAAAAUGAAACAUGAUGACGUAACAGUGAAUGUAAUGGAAGUUGCUGUAGAUCAUUCUUUAAACUUGUCUAACGUUACCAAGAACAUUCGCCGUCCUCCUACAAAUGAUGCCGUUCCUUACAAAGAGCGUGCAUAUCACCUUUGCGAGCAUCAAAGAAACAGGGUCAUGUGUGUGUAUUGCCAUGGCGACUUAAAUAGAGACGCGUCAUCAAGAGGAACUGAGUUGGCAACACAAGAGCUGCAUAAUUACCCAGAAGUACGAGACAAAGACCAACCACUGAUGAUGAUUGAGUCACACUUUUCAAAUGAUACACCAGCGCCUGUUGGUUGGGGGUGUCCAUAUUGUACCUAUGUAAACAAAAACAUUGAUAUUUUUAUCUGUGAAAUGUGUAGCAAGACAACCUUAAAAGAAGACAGAGAAAAUAAAAUGUAACUGAAUGCUUUUUUCUUUCUACCAUGUAAUGCCAUCACUCGGGAAGCAAUGUUUAUGUCGAAAAUACCACCACAAGACCAUAGGCAUAUUAUAGUCAUCGAUAGUAAUAGGUGUAUUUAGGCGGCAAAUUUACCAUUUACUUUGUAAAAUAUUGUAAAUAGGAAAAAUAUUUUCAACUAGAGUCAGAAAAUAAACAUGCAAUUGCGGGUUUUAGGAUUCACAGAUUUCACAGGUUUUAAAUUUGGCUGUGGAUAUUAUUUUGACAACCUCACGUAAAUCCGAGGUAUUAAUUGGUGGAGCCGGCUUGACCCCAACCUUAAACUUCAGUCCUGCUAUCUUAAUCGACAACGGCAUGUCGGUAGAAUAUCCAUAGUGUUUAAAUUUAUUGAAGAGUGUAGCUUGAUUUUUAAAAAAAAACGGUACCGGUAAGCAAUGGUGCUAUUCGAUCGUACACAAAAGGACUGCAUGACGAAUCACUACAUUUAUUGUAAACAUUAAAUUACAAUGAUAAUUACAGAUACAGUGCAUUUUUACACUAUUCCUAAUGGAAUAACCAGAUACAUAAUACUGUAUCUUUACCUAAUUUUCCCCAUGUUAGAAAUACAAAAUAUCAUAUUAAUAUAGCGUUGCUUAACGCACUGUAGGUAUGCCUACGUAAAAGCAACUAUUAACAUAUUCUUGAAAGAUGGAUAUGUGGAAUGUUGGCUAGGUCAGAGGUUAGUUUGUCAACAAACCAACGGCACCUUCUACCAAUGUCAAGAGUUCAAAAAGGGUGGCUGUAAAAGGUGAUUUGUUGUGUUCUAUGUAAACAGCACAUGUCAACUUUGAGCUCAGAUCUGUACUAAAACCAGAGCCCAUCAGCAUGCUUUGCCUAAUUGGCCGAGCGAGACCUUUCAAAGAGCAAAAAUGUAAAAAAAACCCAUGGUAUUGUAUUUUGUGUGAUAUUAGUUUAACAGUCCUAAAUGUAUUAUUAGGUGUAGCACAUUUUUAAAAUUACAAUAAUUUGGACGACAAUUUUUACUGAUCAGAGCAAAAUUUAGGACGUCUCAACGCCUUAAGGGUAGGUUACCAUUCGACGUUGUAGUCCACGUCCUCAGAUUUUGUCUUCACUGGCACUUUAGGAAAAUCAUGUAGUGUUUAUUUUAUUUUUGUGCAUAUAAUAAUUAUUUACUUUUUAAAGUACACUAAAUUUUUACUGUAUUAUGUAAUUAUAUCUUUUAUUUAGGCCUACAUUUGGUACCGGUAGCCUUGUUCCAUGAAUAUAUGCUCGUCGUUCGUGCAUGUCUUAUCUUGACCGUUUCUUUGAAAUAUUGGUAAUUUUUUUCUAAUCAGCUUUUUAAUCUGUUUUUUUUUUAUUCUGUUGUUUGAGUGAAUCAAUAAAACCCAUUUGUUUGAAUA